UUUUUUUUAAUUAUUCUCUUUUCUUCUUUAUAUAUACACAAAUCAUGAACAAUACAUAUGCUAAUACAAAGAGAUUAUCACUCUCUGCUAUUGCACCUUCUACAUCGACUUCAAGUGGAUUAGCCAAUCGUCGUGCCAAGAGAAACAACAAGAAUCUUUCUUUAUGCUUAACACCAGAAGCAACAAAAAGCCUUUUCGCCGAGCCAAUCAAGACAGCCACAAUUCAACAAAAAGACAAUCUGAAUGCGUAUCCAUUAGGUCCAGCCAAAAUCAUGCCUUACCUGUAUCUAGGCAACGAGAAGAAUACACUGGACUUGGAUCAUUUAAAGUAUCUUAAUAUUCAAGCUAUUUUAAAUGUGGCUGCUGAAGUCAAUAAUCCAUACGACCACCUAUUUCAAUCUAUGGAUGAUAUGGUCAGUAGAGAAGUAACACCUUCACCCUCACUAUCCAAAGCAUCUUCUAUCAGUACAGCAUCCAGUAUUUCUACUUUGAAUGAUUGUCCUAUCAACGAGACAGUCAUUGCUUAUCAAAAAUUACCAUGGGAACACCAUCAAGACAAUUUGGUACAUGAACUUGCUAAAGCCAUCGAUAUCAUUGAUCGUGCUCGUUCUGCCGGUCAGAAUGUGCUUGUACACUGUCAAUGUGGGGUUGCUCGUUCUGCUACUGUGAUUAUUGCUUAUGUGAUGAAGACACUCAAGAUGCCUAUGCAAGAGGCUUAUGAUCAUGUCAAGAACUUGGCUCCUGCUAUCAAUCCCAACCUCAGCCUCUUGUUCCAACUCAGGGAAUUUGAGCAACAAUUAAAUCAGCCAGAAAACAAUGGUUUCUUAUCCCGGGCUUCUUCUAUUUGCAAGUCAGGUACUUGGAAGCGUAAAUUAUCAAAGUCCAUCUUUACACAACAACCUCAAGAUCAUCAAAUUGAAUGGUGGAAAUCUAAAAAAGUCUCUUUGGAUUUAAAUGAAAAUAAUUCUUCUGUUUGUUAUUAAUUUCCCUCUCUUCUUUGUGUAGAUAUAAAAAAAAUACCUUUUUUAUAUACGUGUAUCUAAUUUUUACCCCCUUCUUUCUUUUUUCUUUUUACUUUUUUUUUUUAUAUAU